AUGCUGAGGGGGAAAUUUCAGGAUAUCAUCACUCAUAUUGCGGCUUUGGGCAAUCAGGUCACUUCUUUAUUUUCUGAAUCUAGUCGUUCUAGUUCUGCUUCGGCUGACUUGAAUCUGACUGCGGGAUCGUCUUCGGCGGGGGCCACCAACCUAACUCUGCGCCAUAAGCCGGCGCCGGUGGAACUUGGCCGUUUUUUGGGUGACAAUCCGGAGGCGUGGGUUUUUCAGGCUGCUCGAUAUUUUGAGUUCUAUGGUAUUGCUCCUGAUCAGCAACUCUCUAUUUCUUCUUUUUAUUUGGAUGGUGAUGCUCUUGCCUGGUAUCGUUGGCUUUUUCGUAAUAAGCAAUUAAGUGACUGGCCAGCUUUUUCUGAGAAAUUGAUUUCUCGAUUCAAAAAACGGUAUCUUGAGGAACCGGAGGGACGUUUGGCUAAGCUCCAGCAGUUGACUACAGUGGUUGCAUAUCAGGCGCAAUAUGAGGCAAUCGUGACUGAAGCAGUUGCUCUUCCAGAUGCUAUGAUAUUGCACGGCUUCACGUCGGGCCUUAAACCUGAGAUUAAGGACGAUGUCCUCAUUGCGAACCCCAAAACAUUAGACGAAGCAGUCCACUUGGCCCAAUUAUAUGAGCAUAAGAUUCAGCGCGACCGUGGACAGCCCCGGUCAAGUUGGCCCAAAUCACAACCACUUUUGCCCACCCCGACAUCUGCUUUUUCGCCGGUCUCUAUGCCUACUUCCUCAGUACCUAAACCUAAACUUACGAUCAAACGACUCUCACCGACAGAGCUUCGUGAGCGCCGAGAAAAGGGCCUAUGCUUCUCCUGUGAUGAAAAAUUUACCCCCGGCCACAAAUGUAAACCUUCCUCUCACCUUUUGUUGAUCACUGAUGAAUACUUGGAUGCUUCGGGUAAUUUCGAUCCGGCCAUUUCUGACGAAGCUCUAGCAAAACAUCUUCAGGCUUCAGAGGUGGAAGCUCAAUCUGCUAUUUCCUUUCACGCCUUGGCUGGUGGUAUUUCAGCAAACACCUUACGUUUUCGUGGCCAUGUUCGAGGGUCUCCUGUCCAGGUACUUCUUGAUGGGGCUAGUACCCAUAAUAUUCAGACCAGGGUUGCUAAUUUCCUUCACCUACUAGUGGAGUCCACGGAGAAUUUUUCUGUUGUCGUCAGCAGUGGACAACGCCUUCCCAUGCGGCAUGUUAUUUCGAAUUUAACCAUGGUGAUUAACGUGUCCACUGGGAUGGCUUCUUAUUAUCACCUUGCUUUGGUUUCCCAUGCACCGGAUAAUCCUUUGGCUCAUCCACCGGAUCUUAAGGACCUCAUAGAUGGGUUUUCUGAUGUCUUUCAGAAACCAGGGUCCUUGACACCAUCGUGCCCACAAGACCAUUCCAUUCAUUUGUUGCCUAACUCCGGACCUAUCAACGUCAAACCUUACCGGUAUCCAUAUUUUCAAAAGCGUGAAAUGGAAAGAUUAGUGGCUGAGAUGUUGAAGGAUGGUAUCAUCCGCCCUAGUACUAGUCCAUAUUCCUCGCCCGUCUUGUUGGUGCGAAAGAAGGACGGUACGUGGCGUUUUUGUGUGGAUUAUAAGGCUCUUAAUGCCAUUACAGUCCGUGAUCGUUUUCCCAUUCCUACAAUAGAUGAAUUAUUUGAUGAACUUCACGGCUCUCAAUUUUUCUCGAAGCUGGAUUUGUUGGCAGGCUAUCACCAAAUCCGUAUAAAAGCUACUGAUGUGGAAAAGACUGCUUUUCACACAAACGACGGUCACUAUGAAUUUCUUGUUAUGCCUUUUGGUCUGUCGAAUGUGUAUACGGUGAAAACCGGAUGA